GGGUCAGCGGCUGUGCUUCUUCUCCCCUCUCCUGCGGAGCUGGCGCUUGUGUGCUCACCCCAGAGGGGUACAGCUGCUUGUGCCACCCCGGCUACACGUUGGACCCCAGCCGCCUCCGCUGCAUCGAUGAAGAUGAGUGCCUGAAAGAUCCUUGUGCUGGAAAAGGUCGCUGCAUCAACAGCGUGGGCUCCUAUUUGUGCCUCUGCUACUCUGGGUACAUGCUGGCUCUCUCGGAGGGCAAGCAGAGCUGUGAGGAUCGCGACGAAUGUGAGCAGCCCUCUACCUGCAGAGGACAGCGAUGCAUCAACACCCCCGGCUCCUACCGCUGCGAGUGCAAGAAGGGCUUUGCCAUGGGCCCCAGAGGACAGUGUGAAGAUAUCAACGAGUGCGUGGAUCCCAGCCCUUGCCCCCAUGGGAAGUGUGUCAAUACGCUAGGCUCCUACAAGUGUGUCAGCUGUGGGGAUGGCUACCGGCCCAGGAACGGGAGAUGUGUUGAUGUGGACGAGUGUCUUGCGGAGGGGACCUGUGCUCACGGGCGCUGUGUCAAUCUGGAUGGCUCCUUCCGCUGUUCCUGCUACCGGGGCUAUGAGGUGGCACCUGAUGGGAAGAGCUGCCAAGACAUCGAUGAGUGCACUGCCCAGGCUUCCUGUCCCUCCGGACUCUGCCUCAACACCGAGGGCUCCUACUCCUGCAUGGCUUGUGACGCUGGCUACGCUGUGUCCAGAGAUAGCAGCACAUGUGAAGAUAUGGAUGAGUGUGAGGACCCUGCUGUUCAGUGCCUGGGGGGAGAGUGCAGGAACACCCUGGGCUCCUACGAGUGCCACUGCCGGGCUGGCUUUGAGCUCAUCAACGGCACUGUGUGUGAAGAUGUGAACGAGUGCCUGAACAGCGAGAUCUGCAGCCCCAAUGGUGAGUGUCUCAACAGUCACGGAUCCUACUUCUGCAUUUGUGCUCCUGGCUUCUCAAACACGGCUGGCGGAGUCAGCUGCCAAGAUGUGGAUGAAUGCGCAGACAAGUCCCGGUGCUCGCAAGGCCAGUGCCUGAACACAGAAGGCUCCUACAGGUGUCUGUGCGAAAAUGGGUUCAAACACUCCCAGGAGAUUGAUGACUGCGUGGACGUGGAUGAGUGUAAAGAGUAUGGGGAUGCCAUCUGUGGCACGUGGCGGUGCCAGAACAGCCUGGGCUCCUACCGCUGUAUCAUGGGCUGCCAGCCUGGCUUCCACUGGACCCCCUUGGGUGACUGCAUUGACAUAGAUGAGUGCGCCAACGAGACACUGUGCGGGAGCCACGGCUUCUGCGAGAACUCAGAUGGUUCCUUCCGCUGCCUCUGUGACCGUGGCUAUGAGAGCUCGCCUUCUGGGCACUACUGCGUCGAUGUGAAUGAGUGUGAGCUGAUGGUCGCCGUGUGCGGGACUGCGCUCUGUGAGAAUGUGGAGGGAUCCUUCCUCUGCCUCUGCCCCAGCGACCACGAGGAGUACGACACAGAGGCAGGGCAGUGCCAGCCCCGAGCAGCCAUGGAGGGCCCUGAGACACACGCAGCCCACCUCUCUGACAGUGCAGAGCGCAAGCAGUGCUACUAUCACAUCAGCGACGUUCGCCUGUGUGACAGCGUCCUGGCCAAGAAUAUCACCAAGGAGGAGUGCUGUUGUACUGUGGGGGCAGCCUGGGGUGACAACUGUGAGACCUACCCCUGCCCCAUCCCGGGCACAGUGGAAUACCGAGAGAUCUGCCCCCUUGGGAAGGGCUAUGUUCCCCAGGAAGAUCCGCUCUCAGGAAAAGUCUCUUUCACAGACAUGGACGAGUGUGAGAUAUUUGGCAAUGAGUUCUGCCGCAACGGACAGUGUUUGAACACAGUGCCAGGCUACAAGUGCUUCUGCCGUACAGGCUACUUCUAUGACUCCAGCAGGCUUGAGUGUGUUGACCAGGACGAGUGUCAGAACGAAGUGUACUGCAUCAAUGGCGAGUGUCUGAACACAGACGGCUCCUACCACUGCUUCUGCAGCCUCCCUCUCGUGUUGGAUGCCACCGGCAACCGGUGUGUGAACCUCUCCAUCAGGGCAGAUGCCUUGGAGGAGUAUGAAAUCCACCUGGAUGUCUGCUGGCAGACUGUCGCCGACUACAUCUGCCAAGACCUGCUGCACGGCGAGCAGACCACGUACACUGAGUGUUGCUGCCGGCUCGGCGAAGCCUGGGGCCAGAACUGCGCGCUCUGUCCUGACAGGUCCUCCGCUGAUUUUGCUUUCCUGUGUAACGGGGCCAGCGAAGACAGUGAGAGAGGGGCUGAGCUCCGAGAAAGACCUAGGUAUGAGUACGGACCGGGCUUGGAAGACCCCCACUAUGGCCUUCCCAGCCCAGAUAUGGGCCCCUACUACAACUAUCUGGAGUCUGAGUAUGGAAACCCCGAUGCUGGUUUCCCUCGGAGGGAACCCAACAGCGAGUUUCGUGGCAGCCCUCUCCACCAUGGCCCAGGAAAAAAGCGCCUGCCUAGCCAAACUGGCCUCUACGAGGGCUUCGAGGGGCUGCAGGCUGAGGAGUGCGGGAUCCUCAAUGGCUGCGAGAACGGGCGC